UUAAUGAAAAAAGAAGCUGUUGCAAAAAACCAGUUAGGGAGAUAUAACUAUCCAUUAGAAUGGAAAAAUAAAGAAAGUGAUCAGUCAUCAAACAAUAAUGAAGAUAGAACUAAUGAAAAUUCAGAUAUACAAUCAUUAUGGCCAUUGAGAAGAAAUUCAGCAGAAAAUUCAGUGAGUGAUGGAAAUCAAGUUGUAAAUUGGUCAGGAGAUAUGCCACAAACUGGACUUGAAGUAACUUUUGAAAAUUUAAAACAGCGCCUAGAACAUUUAAAAGAUCUUGCUUAUAAUAAAACGGCUGAAGAGACAAAUGAAAGGAUUCCAGAAAUAAAAGAUUCUAAAUCAGAAUUACAUCGUAAAAAAUUAGAAAAUAAGUUGAAAGAAAUUCAAGCAAAAAAGAAACACAUGGAUAAGAUGUUAGUGGAAUUAUCUGCACUCGAACAGGCAUCUAUUAAUGUCAAAAACAGUCAAUCAAAUUCUACACAAUUUGUAACAGCAGAUAGCACUAUACAAGAAGCUCAGCAUUUAUUAGAUACAAUAGAUGCCAGGGAAAAAGUAAAAAAAUUAGAAGAAAUGAAAGAAAGUCUUAGCCAGCUAAGAGCAAUGGUAAAUAGUAUCCAGCCUAUGAGUGGAGAUGUUUCAUCUGUCAAUAAUGAAGAUCAAGUUGAGACAAUCAGUAAUUCCAGUAAAUCAAGUUCUCAAGCAGUAAAAUCAAGAUCUGACCCAAAAUUACACCAGAAUUCUCAACAGAUUUCUCAUGUCAAGAAAGAUAAUAUUAAACAAGAUCAUUCAAACAAAUUUCCUGUUCGCCGUCAUUAUGAGGCAGAAGGUAGAGCAAAUGAAGAUGGAGAUAAUGCAGCAUUAGCAGCUUCUGUUCAAGAUGGUAGUUCUGGUACUGAUGAAUCUUGGGAAAAUGAUCCCCAAGUUCAAGAGAAAGUAAGGUAA